AUGGUGGUAGAGACGCGAUCAGUUAAAAAAGCGAACGCAGCAAGUAUGGAGCAAGGCCAAUUUUCUACCGUUCAACACGGAAGACCUACCAGCUCCACACCAACUGCUGGCGCUCAGCAGUCCGUUGGAAUUCCCAGCGGCGCCGCUAGUUCUGUUUCAGGGUCUUCAACUACUGUAAGGAGUCGUACCUUACAAAUAGAAGCGGAUUAUGCUAAAAAAAUUGCGAUGCUGGAGCGCGCUGCAUUGGAGCGUGCCAAAGAGCGCGAGCGUGUGGUAUUGGAACAAGAGCGCGCCGCUUUAGAACUACAAAAACAAGCACGUAUCGCCGCCUUGGAGGAGAGAGGUAGUAUACGUACUCGUAGUAGUCGUUCAAGUCACAUCUCUAACAGAGAGGUACGAAAAUGGUUAGACACAUGUCUAGAGGCUAUACCCUCAGUGGAAGUAAAUGAGCAACCGCAGAACAUUAAAAUUAAUACGUCCUGUAGUAAACCCACUACUAAUAGCAAUUGUUCUGCGGCAUUAGCGGCACAUUUACAAAUACCGAACAAUAGCUUUAACCCUGUGACUACCACAGAUACUCAAUAUCUUCGGCCUAUCCUAACAGAAUCUAAUGUGGCUAAUAAUUUCGAUGUUUGCACAAGCCCGGCGAGGGCCAGUUCUAGUGCGACUAAAAUCAAACCGGUUUCCUCCACUAUUAAUAAAACUCCAAGUGAUAUAGCUUUGUUAGCAGAAGCAAUUACAUCACUUUCAAAAGAAAGUCAACACAACGUAAAAUUUGGAGAUGGUCGUCUACCUUUUUUUGAUGGCAAGCCUUUAGAUUGGUUAACCUUCAAACGUGUAUAUGACAACACGAAAUCAAGAUAUUCUGACUCGGACAACCUAACACGUAUCAAUAUGGCGCUGCGGGGAGAGGCACAUGAUGCUGUAGCAGUACUGUUAGUCUCCGCUCAAGACCCUACUCAGGUAAUACAAGCAUUAGCAACAAGGUUUGGUAGGCCUGAACUAAUUGUUUUACAAGAAGUGGCAAUGAUGCGUUCCCUGCCAAAGGUCAACAUCGAUUGUAGUGACCUUCAUAAAUUCGCUUGUCGAGUUCGUAAUUCAGUAGAAGUAAUGAAACUUUUAGAACAAAGAUGUUAUUUAGAAUCGCCAGAACUUUUUCAAUCUAUUCUUAGUAAACUCACACCUCUAUUACGGACACGUUGGACUGACUAUGCAGCAUCUCAUUUCCAUCAAGAGACUCGGAGCUCGCUGCAAAAAUUGGAGCCCGAGGACCUACUGUCAAAACUCUUAAAAUGUGUCGGCGGGUUAUCAAAACAUACAGAAAUAGAGUAUGUAGAUUUUAAUAUUAGAGGUUGUCAUGUUGAUAAGACGUAUCAAGUCAAGCAGGCUCGUUCUAUAAAAGAUUUACAAUUAGCUAAACAGUCUGUCUGUCCCCAAGAUAUUAGUAAAUUUUCUUACCUUUCCGAUUUGGCUUCCUAUUUAUGUUAUGAGAAUGCACAACCAAAAAUUGUGAUCGGUAUCGAUAACUGGCAUCUUACCAUACCGCAAUCCGUACGGAAAGGUACGAGAACGCAACCAGCUGCAAUUAACACUGCUCUUGGUUGGGUUUUAUUCGGUUUUAGUAGUAGUAAAACUAGUCCAGUUGAUUUAGUGAAUCAUGUUCAGUGUAAUGAAACAGUUUUUAACAAGACAGAUUUAUUGGAAAAUCUUAUAAAAAAUUAUUACAAGUUGGAUUCGAUAGGAAUUACUAAGAAAGAACCGCGUAGUGCAGAUGAUGAACGCGCUAUUGAAAUUUUAGAACGUACAGCUAAUCGUCUUCCGUGCGGUAGAUUCGAAGUCGGUUUAUUAUGGAAAUCUAAUAAUCCUGUCAUUCCUAACAGCUAUCCUCUUGCUUUAUCGCGUUUUUUAAGUCUUGAAAAGAAAAUGAUCAGUGAUCCUACUUAUGCUGAGCGUUAUAAACAAAAUAUUCGCGAUCUCGUUACUAAAGAUUAUGCCGAGAAAUGUCAAAAUGAACUUUCUUCUAAUUCUGUAUGUUGGUUUUUACCUCAUUUUGGCAUAAUAAACCCCAAUAAACCGGCAAAACUACGAGUAGUACACGAUGCUGCCGCAAAAAUCAAAGGUGUUAGCUUAAAUUCACUUCUACUUACGGGUCCAGAUUUAUUGCAAUCUCUAAUCGACAUUUUACUUCGUUUUAGAGAGGGUAAAGUAGCUAUGACUGCAGACAUUAAGGAAAUGUUCCCUAGGUUCAAAAUUAUCGAACAGGAUAGAGAUGCUCAAAGAUUUCUCUGGCGCGACAGCCCUACUGAUCCUAUAGAAACCUAUAGAAUGUCAUCAAUGAUCUUCGGAGCAGUUUCUAGCCCCUUUACAGCUAUGUAUAUGAAAAAUAAAAAUGCUCUAGAGUUUAAAGAUCAAUAUCCCGACGCGGUUCAUGGUAUUAUAUACGAUACUUACAUGGAUGAUUAUAUCGGUUCAGUAGAUUCUAGUGAUGAAGCAGCUCAGUUGGCGGCAGAUAUUGUCAACAUUCAUGCGCGCGCAGGCUUAGAGAUGCGUGGAUGGGUAUCCAAUGACCCUAAAGCGCUCCGUCUGUUGCCAAAUCAUCUUUUAUCAGAAUCGGUAUCUAAUAUUAACCUAAACUUAGCGAAUUUUCCGUCGUCUACACCAUGCAUCCGCGCUCUAGGAUUAUACUGGCACCCAUCUAGCGACCUUAUAGGCUUUAACACUUCUAUUAAAAGUAAUCAAGAAACUUUGCCUAGUUCGCUUACUAAACGUAUUAUAUUGUCUUUAAUUAUGCGAGUCUUCGAUCCAUUAGGAAUCCUCGCUCCAGUUGUUAUUCGCGGUCGUAUUUUAUUUCAAAACGUUUGGCGUAUGAAUUUGGAUUGGGACACGGAGCUCCCUCCUUCUGAAGCCAUAGCCUGGAAGGAAUGGUUUCAAGAUUUAAUUAUUACCGCCGAGAUAAAAAUACCGCGCUGUUAUAACUUUCAUAGGUUGAAACCAAAUCAAAUAGAGUUGCACGUCUUUGCCGAUGCCAGCGCUCAGGCUUACGCAGCGGUGGCAUAUUGGCGCUUCGUUUAUCCUAAUGGAGACGUACAACUUGCAUUGAUCUGUAGCAAGUCACGUGUAGCGCCUUUAAAACCAUCUAGUAUUCCUAGAUUAGAGUUGCAAGCUGCAUUAAUAGCCGCACGUCUAGCUACAACCAUCGUAGAAGCAGUCAAAUUUAAACCACUUAAGCGCACAUUUUGGUGCGAUUCGAUGAACGUUUUGGGUUGGCUUCGUAAUGAUGCACGAUCAUACAAGACAUUUGUAGCUCAUAGAGUAGGUGAGAUAAUAGAACUUUCAGAUGUUAGUGAGUGGCACUGGGUUCCAACCGCUUAUAAUGUUGCCGAUGAUUCAACACGUUUAAGCCGAGGCCCUUUAACUUCAGACUCACGCUGGAUAAAAGGACCUGAAUUUCUUCUAACUUCUGAUUGGCCUAAGGAACCUGCUGUUUCCCAUAAUCAAACCAUCCAUACUAAUACACCCGAGACUCACAUACAUCUCAUUAACGAAAUUGAGUCGAAUAAGCCAAUUUCAGCAGACGCACAACGUUUUAGUUCGUGGAAUCGUUUAAUUCGUGCCACAGCAUAUGCUCAUCGUUACUUAUCAUUGUUACGUCUUACUUCAUUAAGAAAAAAAGGCCUGAAUAUAGAACUCAUUCAUAAAGUAGAAGGCCGCAUUUUUUCUUUUCGUCCGCCAUCCAACUCAAACGUUGAUCGACAACGCAAUACAAUACGUAGCACACUUACCGCGGAAGACUUACAUUUGGCAGAAAUUCAUGUGCUACGUAAAAGUCAAUUAGAUUCUUUCUCACAAGAGAUCAAAUGUAUUCAAAACGGUUUACCCGUGUCACACCGUAGUAGGUUAUCGAAACUGCCAGCUAUUAUUGAUAAAAAUUCCGUUUUACGUCUAUCAACACGCAUUGUAGCUGUCUCUGGAAUACAAGAAGAUAUGAAGCAUCCAAUGUUACUCGAUGGAAAGAAUCCUGCUGUUCGGUUACUUGUAUUACACUACCAUCGCAAGGCGGCUCAUGCUAACACAGAAAUGGUCGUGAACGAAUUGCGGCAAAUAUAUUGGAUAAUAAACCUUAGGAGCACCGUGAGGUCAGUCGCAUAUAACUGUCAGUUUUGUAAGAUUCGUAGAUCUACUACUUUCCAACCACCUAUGGGCAACCUUCCAAAGGCCAGACUUGCCCACCAUUGUAGACCUUUUUCGUUUGUGGGACUAGAUUAUUUCGGUCCUGUAACAGUAGCAGUUGGUCGAAGGAGAGAGAAACGUUAUGUGGCCUUAUUUACGUGCUUGACCAUUCGCGCAAUCCAUCUUGAGAUCGUCCACUCGCUUUCAUCAGAUGCAGCAAUAAUGGCUUUAAGACGAUUUAUAGCUCGCCGUGGCACACCUUCAGAAAUCCAUUCUGAUAAUGGAACCAGUUUUGUGGGCGCGAAUAGAGAGCUUCGAGCCUUGUAUUCAGAAGCGAUGUCCGAGUUUGCUGCGGGUGAAAUGAUCAAAUGGAAAUUCAUCCCUCCAUCAGCUCCUUUCAUGGGAGGAUCAUGGGAAAGGCUUGUGAAGUCUGUAAAGACAGCAUUAAAAGUAACUUUAGGCAACAAUACAAGAUCGCCCACCGAUGAAGUAUUCACCACCCUACUUUGCGAGGCAGAAGCAUUGGUAAACUCACGGCCCCUAACGCACGUCGCAUGUGAUCCACAAUAUCCUGAAGCCCUGACACCAUCUCAUUUUAUAUUAGGCUACUCCUCAGGUCGUCCUAUUCCAGCCAACUUAACCGACAGUGACAUGUGCAGUAGAUCUGGUUGGAGAAGAGCACUGCGAAUGGCUGAUCACUUUUGGAAGCGUUGGGUUACAGAGUAUUUGCCCACACUAUCACCACGAAGAUUUGUAGGACAAGUGCCGCAAAUUUCAGUUGGAGACGUCGUCGUAGUCGUGGACGGAACGUUACCAAGAGGUACUUGGCCUAAAGGCCUAGUUACGACUUUGUACCCAGGUAGGGACGGCGUGACACGGGUAGUAGACAUCGAUACCCAGGCAGGCGUAAUUCGUAGACCUGUUAAAAGGGUUGUUCCCAUCUGUUUAAGAGGGGAGCAUGUGCAGAACGCACCUUUUUAG